CACAUCUUUUGUAAGUAGAUUCCCAUAAAUAUUGGGAAAGUAACAUUUUGCUAUUAAAGACUGACAAAUUUUAUUCCAACAUCGCGGAAAAAGUUUUCGUAUACAUACUAGUUGAAUGGCAACCAUGACUCACUGGUCCUACGAUCUUGUAAAGGACAUAGCUCUAAAAGAUAAGAAUGCUCACGACAAUUUGGAAGACCUUAAGUCUCUGCUUCGCGAUGAAAUAGGAUCCGCCCGAAAUAUGUGUCGCAUCAAAAACAUGGAGGAUUUGAUUGAUUGUUUGGAACGACAUGACGCUUUGUCGGAGUUUAAUAUUGAACCACUUAGAGAAAUUGCCGACCAAUUUGGAAAUGAAGAAUUGGAGGAGGCAGUGUCUGGCUAUACUUCGCCAAAGGACACGAGAUCGUAUAAUGAACCCUACAACCAGUAUCGUGAACAACGUUUAGCCGAUGAAGUACGUACACAUUUAAAUAUUAGUGGCGGACAACGUGAAGUAGGGAGUGGGGCUGGAGAAAGAUGUGCCAAUAGUUCUUUCCGACGACAAGAUCCGCCAGGCGCUCCCUCUGCUGUGACUACACCAUAUCCUCAAGCGCUAACAGAUAAAAAACGAGCGGCCAUUUAUAAAUCAAUUGCUGAAAAUAUUGGCAAAUUUUGGCGAGCUUUUGGCCGUGAACUAGAAAUUUCUCAGGGUCAAUUGGACGGGGUGGAAAUGGAAUAUCCACGCGACCUUGUUUCACGUGUGCAUAAGUUGCUGAACAUUUUCGAGGAAGACGAAAGUCACGACCCCAAUCAACAUGUCCUUAUUCUUUGCCGCGCUUUAGAAGAAUGUCGACGCAAGGAUCUGCGGCGCAAGGUAGAAAAUAUAAUGUCUCAUUGAAAGACUUAGUAGCUCCACUACUGACAAUUUUCCAAAAAAAAUAAUUUUUCAAAAUAACAUCACAUUUGUUAUUAGAGACUUCACACUAUAUUUAUAAGCUUUAUUACCAGGUUUAUUUUGAGGUUUCGUAUUUUAGCUGUUGGCAUGUUGUAUAUUUAAAAUUAUGCAAUUAUAUAGUCCUUGUAAGGCUGAAAACAAACAACAAAAAUUACAUGUUUUCUUAUUGUGAAAAUUGGAAAGAAAGAAGCGCAAUUAAGCAGGGAUAAUGGGAAAGUGGAUCUAUGUUUUCCAUACUUGGAACAUAUUGAUGGCUUAAUAUAAAAAUGGUUUAACUCAAUUUUUUUUUUGCCAAAAUUACGAUUUUUGUUCAUUGUGGAAGACAAAUGUCAUAUGCACCUUCCUUCAAAAUUUCACGUGGAUACAAUUGCACAUAACAGAUUUAUAACGAUUAAAAAAAGGACAAAGUUAAA